AUGGAUCUUCGCAUCCGACGAUAUUUAUCAAAAGCUCAGGAGAAAAGAGAUGCUGAGUUCGUGAGGAAAGCGUCUGAGCUGAUCCGAGCUUCAGCUCCAGCAGUGUCUGAUGGCAGAUCUGAGCUCCUUGUGCUGUGCGCUGAACAAUCUCUACAGGUGCCACAAUAUCAUUUCCUGGUGUUCAACGCCUCGCUGCUGUACCUGCAGUCCGUCCGGCGGUUCCUGAGGCCUGGACAGAGACGGCUCCUGGUUUCUUCUCUCACGCAGGUGCUCGAGGCUCUAGAGGAGGUUCAGGAUCCUGAUCACGCAUGGAGGGCUGAGCUAAUGCUACACCUUGUUGAAUGUCUUCUCGAUGCUGGGAAGAAGAAGGAGGCAGCUGCUAUGGCCAAGGUCACCUCCGAUUUUAUACAGUCACAUAAACCAGAGCUUUAUCCCCGGCUUUUCUCCAUACAGGUUCGACACAACCUCCUGGAUGUCUCUGAAAUGCUGAAUGAUGGAAACCCUAAGUUGCUUGUGAUGUACAAGAUCCAAAAGCUUAAACAUGCGGCUGAUGUCAGUGAAGCCAAGAGAGAUGAUGCAGCCACACUGAAGGAGAUUUUCCUGCUGCUGACGCAGUCCUCAGAACCCAAAGCAUCCGGCCUCCAGGCCUCCAGUCCUCCACCGGACAUCCACAGAUCCAGUGCUCCACCCAACAUCAUCUCUGAAUCCAGCGGAUCCAGUCCUCCACCCUUCACCCAGAGCAUCAGCGCACCACCCAGCGUCCUCCACUCGAGUCCAUCCUCCUCCUGCAGCUCCAGUGUUUGUCUGGAUCACGGCUCCUCCAUCCCACUGACCGACAGGGUUGAGCUUCUGCUGGAUCUGGCUUUCCUCUCUCUGCAGUUACAGCAGCAUCAAACAGCAUCCGAUUGUCUGAAGGAGCUCCGAGCCACAGAUGUCACCGUCGCUCAGCGCAUAAUGACGGAGUGUGUGCAGUGUGAGCUGGAGCUGAACAAACACAGAGAGGGAAUGCAGAAUUACUCCAGAUCCAGUGUGGAGCUGCGGUCGAGUGUUAUCAUGCGGUUGGAUGCAGUGCUGCGGACGGCGCUGGAGCAAGCAGAUGCUCGGGCGACUCAAGCGGUGUGUGUGUGUCAGUGGAACGCAUGUCUGCCGCUUCUCCAACACAACCUCCGAAAGAGAGUCCAGAAACCCCUGCUCACCCUCGCUCGAGCGCUGCAGCACACACACAGUUUGCUGCUGGAUGUGUUGUGUCGGGUUCACACUGAACUGGCCGCUAUAGACGAGGAGGAUGAAAAGCUGGAAUCUGCCAUGAAGCAUCUUCAGAAAGCCCUUGAGCUGGAUCCUCACUCCCAGCACCUGUCCUCCUCCUUACACCUCCUCCAGCUGCGCUCCUCUGUCCACAGCGCUCCCACACGACCGGAGGAGCACGCCGCCAGACUCAUCCAGCAGUUUCUCAAAAGAACUAUUUUUAAAAUGCAGCGUGAGAUGCUUGACAACAGCAAGAUGCGACACAGUGGCCAAAGCCGUCUGUCUGAUGCAGAUGAUGGAGCUGGAGAUCACGUGGAGCUGCUCGCUGCUAAAGCCCAACAUCACAGCAGCUGUGUGCAGAAGGUCAAAGGUCAUUUGGAUGGACUUGACAAGAGCUCAGAUGACAAAGAAAGGGUGAGAUUAUGGGGUUCGCUGGCCAAAACCGCCCGGAAACAGGAGCUUUUUGACGUGUGCCAGGCGGCCUGUCGCUUCUGUCUGCUUUAUGAUGAUGGACGAUGGAAAAACACCAGUAAUCCAGAUCAGAGGAACCAGAGCGAGCCCAACACACAGAGCGAUCUGCUGCGUCUGCUCGCCGAGGUCCAUUUCAUCAACGCUGAGGUAAUCGUCCUUAAACUCCGCUCUGAGGGGGUGGAGCUAAACGGCUCUGCUGUAGCACCUGAUGAGAAAUGGACACGCCCACCUGAAGACGACGCCCACUGGAACCUGUACAGUGAUUGGAUCAAGGAUUUAUCGGCUUAUGCCACAGGUGGUUUCCUGCGAGGGGCGGAGCUUGGGGCGGAGCUGCGUGAGGAUUGGCUGGUGGUUAAUGCAGCUGUAUAUCUGUGGAACUACAACAGCUGGCUGCUGGCCACCGGAGGACAUCGGCUCCUUCUGCCCACCUUCAGACGUCUGCUGGAGCUCCUCAGACAGACAGGGCAUGUGUGUGAGUUUGCGCUGCGUCUGUCCAGUGGAAACGCCGAGCCGCUGCCCAUCUCUGUGAGAAAGCAGCUCUGCAGCACGUGGGUCUGCGUUAAACAGCUGCUGCAGCAGCAGAUCGGACACAAACUGGACAUCAACGAUGAGAGUAAGAACGAGGCGGUGACAGCCAUGUCCCGUGUGCUGGUCGCAGUGGAGAUGCUUCAGUGUAACAGGAGCUCCAGACUGAUGCAGUUCACCGUUCCCAGUCUGUCUGUGCUGGUUCAGAUGGCGUUGGGCUGUCAGUGGUCUGAUCCGGUCGUGGAGCUGAAUGUGUGGACACAGCUCGCUCUGUUCGCCCAUCAGACACAAGACCACAGCCUUGUCCUCACCUGCACCCAUAAUGCACUGCAGCUGGAGCAGAACGCAGCACAAAGAGUGAAGACGGCCACUUAUGCUCUGUUCAGCGUGCGUUUGGUGCAGGAGAUGUUGAGCAGCGCUGCGUGUGUCAGAGGUCAGAGUCUGAUCCAGGAGGCCAGAGCUCAUCACAGCAGAUAUAUGGAGGGUCUGCUCAAGCUGCAGCACAGCGUCAGUUUUGCGGAGCAGGCGGGCAGCUGGAGUCUGUGUAUGAGCGCAGCAGCUCACUUCUGGAGCGCGUGUGUGCCUCUGCUGGACUCGAGACGGGACAGACGUCAGCUGAGAGGAGCGCUGGAGCUCAUCCUGAAGACCAUCAGCCAAACAUACAGCAAACACACAGCCGGCAAAACUAAAAGAGCGUCUGGACUCAAGCGUGAUGGACCAGAUACCACAAGAUAUUUCGAUAUUUUUACUGGGAAAAAGACUAAUGCUGAGGAUGAAAAUCAUUUCUUGCGGUGUAGUAAUGAGUUCCAGAAGCUUUAA